CAAUGGAUAUAUUAUUUGAUUUUUACAUACUUCAAAGUAACAGUUAUGAACUUCUUCUUGCAGUUAACAUUUACAAAGAUAAUAAAAAUAUAAAAAGAUAUGUCGAAUUUGAUAUUACAAAGAUUUUCUUAAAGAAACUCAAAGUUAGACAUCUUAGAGACUAUAUCUAUAAAGAACAAAGUAUUUCUACCAAAGAAGACAUUAUUCAAAAACUUCAUGAAGAAGAAAUGCAAUUUAAUAAACCAUUUAGUACAUAUUUUCAAGUUGAAUUGGAUAAAUUAUAUGAUGAAGAUUAUGAAUCUUUGCAACAAAGGAAUAGUCUUAUCAAUGUGAAACUAAGUGAUGUCAUGUUAACUGUCAAACAUAUUAUUAGGGAUGAUUAUAAUUUAGCAACGUACUCAAGAUGGUUGACAAAAGUUAUUGCAAAAGCCAUAUUAGGAUAUAAGAAAAUCAAAUUGGAAGAACUCCUUAAUAGUGCAAAUUUUUCCUAUGGCUUUUCAAAGGAGGCUGAAAUUAUCCUUCCUAAAGACAUCAAAUUGUGUAAAUUACAAUAUUGGUAUCUAGUUACUAAGACUAACAAAAACAAAAAUAUGAAUGAAAUAGGAGAGAGUUUACAUUGCUAUACCAAGCUUGAUUUUCUGAAAAAUGAAGAUAUUAAGAAUGAGAAAUAUAUGGAUUUUCAAAUAAAAUACACCAAUAUUGAGAUACUUGAAGCAAUGAUUAUUGAUCAAGAUUCAUUCAAUGAUAAAUAUGAAAAGAUCUCUGAAAGUAUAAAGGAUGUUCCUAUAGACAAUUGGGCUCUCUUAUUCCUUACAAACGCAGAAUCAAAUGAAAACCUGAUUAUAAAGUCACAAUUUGCAUCUGCAAAUGAAAAAAUAUUUAUUAAUUCAGCUCCUUCUAAAAUCCUUAGCUUCACUGAUAAUCAGCGUCAUGACAUAAAUUUGAAAUGUUCCUUCAGCAAUUUGGAUGAUAUGAAGACUAAACUUGAUAUUAGUGAAAAUACAUUUAAAAAGUUGAAGCAUGAUAAUAGAAUUAUUUUCUAG